UCGCAGAGAAUACGAUCUCCGUCUCUCCUCGAAGCAGAGAAAAUUUACAGGGCAUCCCAGAUAAGGUUUCAGACAAAUGCAAAUGCUCGUCUUCUGAAAGUCCAGAAUAUGGCCGCACGAGGGUCGAAGAAGACGACGACGACCCUUUUCUCCCCCCUUCCCUUUUUCUCAACCGGAGUUUAAACAGAUCGCCUGCCAAUUCGGAUACAACCAGAACGAUAGCCGCCUUCAAAGAACCGACCCACAUCAUGGAAGGCAAUUCAAGUCAAACUGGUGGCAGCAUCAUGUGGUUCUUCCGUGACCGGGGUUUCAACGACAAGAGUAUAAGUGAAAUGUUCAAAAGGUGCAAGCGCCUUGCAUCGGUGCAAAAGGAAAGGGCUUCAGAAAAUUGGGAGUACUUGAGGAGCAUUGGCAUUGAGGAGAGAAAGCUUCCUCAUGUUGUUUCUAAAUGCCCGAAAAUCCUCGCACUUGGCCUUGACGAGAAGCUUAUUCCAACGGUAGAAUGCCUCUCUACACUAGGAACAAGACCUAAUGAAGUCGCCUCUGCCAUUGUGAAGUUCCCUCAAAUACUUUCCCAUAGCGUGGAGGGGAAGCUCUGUCCGCUACUGGCUUUUUUUCAGGCAAUGGGGGUCCCUGAAAAGCAAGUUGGCAAAAUUGUUUUGCUUAACCCGAGGCUUAUUAGCUACAGCAUUGAGUCUAAGCUAACAGAAACUGUGAACUUUCUUGCUAGUAUUGGCCUUACGAGAGAAGGAAUGAUAGGCAAAGUUCUGGUGAAGAACCCGUUUAUCAUGGGCUAUAGUGUUGAGAAGAGACUGCGCCCCACCUAUGACUUUUUAAAAUCCUUAGGUCUCGAAGAGGUGGAUCUUCAAAAGGUGUUGAUAACCUUCCCUGAAAUCUUGUGUCGAGACGUGAACAAGAUUCUAAGACACAAUGUCACUUUUCUGAAAAGCUGUGGAUUCAACCACGGGCAGAUAGCAACUUUGGUGACUGGUUAUCCUCCUGUUCUGAUUAAAAGCAUUAACAACUCUUUAAAACCUCGGAUUAGGUUUUUGGUCGAUAUAAUGGGGAGACAACUCAAUGAAGCUGCUGAUUAUCCUGAAUUCUUUCAUCAUAGUCUGAAAAAGAGACUAGAGCUACGUUACAAAAUAUUGAGCCAAAGGAACAUCAGCUGUAGCUUGAGUGAGAUGCUGGAUUGUGAUCAAAAGAAGUUCUUACAUAAGUUCAAUUUGAUUGGAGGAUUUACCUGAGGUAGUAGUUACAUCCUUCAUUCAUUCUUACAAAAUUUUUGUAGAAUAGCUUUAGCUGUUAUCUGUAUUUCUGAUGCUCCAGGUGAAGUCAUCCUGUAUAUGGUUCUAGUCAAACAAUUCACAUGUUGAGUGAAAUGAUCCUUUUGGCAAAUUCAGUGCAGAAUUUUGGUA